AUGGAUCGAGAUGUGUCUACCAAGUACAAAUCGUUGGUGUCUUUUGUCUCGAAAGAUUUUUCACCGUCCAACAUGCCACUCAUAGUGAAAGAAAUUUUAUAUUUUGCCGUUCGUUUCAAGGUACCAUUAUAUUCGAACAAUCCACUCUGGACUACACGAGACGAGAGAUUGAGUUUGCUAUUGAAUGCCUAUGGAUUGAAGAAUAAGGAAAAUGCACCGUUUCAAACACUUUCUUCUGGUGACAAGCGAAGACUUUCUAUUGCUGUUCAAAAUGUACUCUUUAAUAGAGUGAUUCUUUUAGAAUAUCCCACCGAUGGCAUUGAAUUUGGUGAGUCCUUUCAUCUCUUAAAAAAGAUGCAAGUUCUCGCCAAUUUGGGAAUUACCAUUGUCAUGUGUCUACAUAGGCCAUCCAUUCUCGAAUUAGAACUAUUUGACUAUGUCUCUAUUUUAUAUAAGGGAAGCACCAUUUAUUUUGGAAAACCGAACAUGAUACAGGAGUACUUUAACUUAAUUGGUGUACAGCUUCCACUCUAUAGACAGAACGUUUUGAUCUCUGUAUUGGAAUUAUUGAAACUUCAUGAGUUAUCCAAAUCCAGCGAUGAAAACGAUCAACAAUUGGUUCGUGAAUGUUUGGGCGGUAGCGAUGAAAAAUCUUAUGAAAAACGUGAUCAUUUGAAUGUAGAAUUUGAACAGAGAAUGGACUUAUUUUACAUUCCACAAAAACAACGGGAACAAGCUCCUUAUCUUCAAUACAAGAUUGAAGAUAUGGAAACAGAAAAGUAUUAUUCUGACUACUUUUUUUCAAUUUUGUUUUUGUUAGAGAGAAGCUAUUUGGUCAAAUUUAGAAGAUGGAAGACCGAUAUCUUGUCACCAAUUCUUGAAAAAUUAAUUGUCUCUGUAUUCAUUGGACUGCUAUAUUUGCAAAUUGAACCUACCAAUAUGACACUCAAAGGAAAAAUUUUUUCUUUUCUCAAUUUAAACAUUUCCAUUACAUUUGGUUUGGCACUUCGAACCCUAACAUCACAACUACCCUUAUUAGCUCAAGAACGAAAUUCAAGAAGUUACAGAAUUGGAGCUUUUUACAUUGCAAAAUCCAUUGAAGAUAUGGCUGACUUUAUUUUUCAAAAUCUCGUCUUUGGGUUGACCAUUUACUUGAUGGCAGGACUGAGCUAUCGCCCUGAACAUAUUUUUGCCUUCAUUCUCAUAUUUAGUGUAUAUAAUUUGGCUUGUAUCAGUUGUGCUCAAGCUCUUGCAUCCAUCAUACCCAUUCCAAGUGUAUUGAAUUUAAUUGCUCCAGUGGUGAGUUUGAUUUUCACAGUGGUGAGCGGAGCUUAUUCUGUAACUUCCACUCAAUUUUUAAAUUGGGUUGGAUAUUUGUCUUUUCUUUAUUAUGGCUUUAGAGCGCUUACCAUCAAUGAAUUUAGAGAUGUGAUGAUUUCCCCACCAACAGCUCCAAACGGAACGGUCAUACUUCCACCUGGUCACUUCACAAACGGCACUUUGUAUUUACAAAAAACUUUUGGAAUUACCGAUCCACGUUAUAUGAUGUGGGUGUAUUUUGGAGUCUUGUGUGCAUAUUUUGCAAUAUGUAAGGCCGCGGGAUACUUUGGCCUUCGUUACAUCUAUAGGGGAACAAACUUGAAGGGACUUGUGAGAAUGGUAAUCUUUGAUUGGUGUACUUGUUGCUGUUGUUUCAGGAAACGGGCAAAAAAGAAACGUCUGGAAAUUCAGCAAGAUCAAACAAUCAUUUUGCAACAGCAACGGCCAACCAUGCGUCAAACGCAUGAACAAGUGUAA